AUGACUGCAGAGAACUGCACUGUGUUUACUGAGUUCAUAUUGUUAGGACUUUCUGACAGACAAGAUGUGCAGCAGGGGCUCUUUGGGCUCUUCCUGCUGGUUUACAGCAUAACUGUGAUUGCCACUCUAGGGAUGGUCCUGCUGAUCAAGAUGGACCCCAGACUCCACACACCCAUGUACUAUUUCCUGAGCAAUCUGUCCUUCUGUGAUGUGUGCCAGUCCUCCACUGUGUCUCCCAAGAUGCUGACUAAUUUCUUAUCUGAGCAAAAGAAGAUUCCAUUGAACUUGUGUGCCAUUCAGAUGUAUUGUUUUGGGACCCUGGCAGAUGUGGAGUGCCUCAUGUUGACUGUCAUGGCUUAUGACCGCUAUGUAGCCAUUUGUAACCCACUUCUUUAUACAGUUGUCAUGUCCAAGAGAUUCUGUACCCAGCUUGUGGCUUUUGUGUACAUAGAAGCUUUGAUCUAUCCAGCAAUUUUCACCUAUUGCACAAUUCAGUUGUCAUUCUGCAAUUCCAAUAUCGUCAAUCACUUUUUCUGUGACUUCCCACCCUUAUUAGCCCUCUCCUCCUCAGAUACAAGCAUCAACGAGAUAGUGAUGUUCACUUAUAGCGGCUGUGUUCUGGGUUGCAGCAUCAUCAUUGUCUUCCUCUCCUACAGCUACAUCAUAACAACCAUCCUUAGAAUGAACUUAGCUGAAAGGAGAUGCAAAGCCUUCUCUACGUGUGUCUCGCACUUAACCGCUGUGUGUAUAUUUUACGGCACACUUCUGUUUAUGUAUUUCAGACCUAGCUCAAGUUACUCUAUGGACACGGACAAAACGGCCUCUGUCUUCUACACAGUUGUCAUCCCCAUGUUAAACCCCCUUAUCUACAGUUUAAGGAAUAAGGAUGUGAAAGGUGCAAUGAAAAGGGUAAUUGGCACUAAAUUAUGUUUUCAGCCAAAAGUGUUUGUUUAA